AUGGUGGGAGAAUUAAUCGACACUGAAAAUUCUGGAAACAAGGAGAAACAGACUAAAACCACAGGCACCAGGCAAAUGAAGAGAGAGAAGAGUGCUUUAGCUAAAACAAAAGAAAACUCAAUUGGCAAGGGUUUAAACUCUAAGAACACGCAUUCUUUACUGAACAAGGAUUCCAGAGUCUCCCAUUCAGGGCUGGUUCAGCAACUCAGUGACGCCAUCAAGACCCCAUCUUGUUCUGCCAUCUGCCUGGUCAUCCUCAGCAGAUUGACUCUGACACUGUUGAUUCAUGAUUACGAGACAGCUGCCUCGGCUCUAGGCAUCAUGGUCACGUUCAAAGGCAGGACUUUGCCUGUAAAGAUUGUUCUCAUCGUGAUGAACAUUGUGCAGCAGAAUGGAGUAUACAGCAGCACUCCUCCAAUUGGAGACCGGAUGUGGCACUUUGCCAGAUCUAUGUUCCUGAUAGAAUUAUAUGGACACAAUCUUCUUCUAACAGCAGUGUUUGGCUUAGUGGUGGCUGGAUCUGUAUUAAUAUUUGGGGUAUUAAUUGGUGAUUGGAUUGACAGGAAACCUAGAAAUAAAGUUGCUCGUGCCUCACUCUUCACCCAGAACGCCUCUGUCACCGCCUGCUGCGUGGUCCUGAUGCUCGUGUUCUCCUACAGGAGGGAGAUGGAACAGAUCUGGCCUGGCUGGUUCACCGUGGCUUGCUAUGCAGUGGUGAUUGCCCUGGCGGCCUUGGCAAAUCUGGCAGGCACCGCAGUGACCAUCACCAUUCAGAGGGACUGGAUUGUGAGCCUCACAGGUGACAAUAGAGGCCAGCUGGCUGGGAUGAAUGCAGCACUCCGGCGGCUGGACCAGAUCAUCAAUAUAUUUGCUCCCCUGUCUGUGGGCCAGGUGAUGGCAUGGGCAUCUCAUGUGAUCGGUUGUGGUUUCAUUCUUGGAUGGAACUUGGUUUCACUUCUUGUAGAAUUUCUAUUUCUGUCCAGAGUUUAUCAACUAGUUCCCCAACUGGCUGUAAAACCUCAGCAACAAACAGGGGGGCACAUCCUAGAAAUGCAACAGGAGACAGUGAACAUUCAAGGUGGGACAGUCUCUUGGGAAACCACUGAUGGUUUCAUCAAUAAGCACAGAACUUUGGAAAAGUCAAAGGACCAGAAGUCUAACCUUAAAAGACAAAAGGCCACAACCUUAGGGUUUCUUCCCUUGCUUCACAACAUGCGAAGGCUGCUCUGCGCGUGCCUCCAGGGAUGGGAAGCGUACUGCAGGCAGACUGUCUUCCUGGCUGGCCUGGGCUUGGCCUUCCUCUACAUGACCGUCCUGGGCUUUGACUGCAUCACCACAGGCUACGCCUACACCCAGGGGAUCGGAGCCUCCCUGCUUAGCAUCCUCACUGCCCUUUCAGCUGUAUGUGGCCUGACGGGCACAGUUCUCUUCACCCGGCUCAGGAGGCAUUACGGCUUGGUCACCACGAGAAUCAUAUCCAGCUGGCUCCACAUAGGUUGUCUAAUGCUCUGCGUGUUUUCUGUCUUUGCUCCUGGAAGUCCUUUCGAUCUGGCUGUUUUCUUACUUUCAUUAAGCAAAAAUUCCUCUUCAAACCAUGUGUUGCUAAAAGAGGACGAGGUACAUGUUUAUCCCUUUGAAAGAAACCUGAACCAACCGAUCGUCCCAGACCGGUCUUCCAUCCACUGGACCAACAGUAUGGUUCUGUUCAAAGGCCAGCAGCAGCAGCCUGAGUCCUACGUCUCCACUGCCUUGCUCUUCUCUGGUGUGAUCCUGGCGAGAAUCGGCCUCUGGUCCUUUGACCUCACUGUGACCCAGCUUCUGCAGGAGAAUGUUCCAGAAGCAGAGCGAGGGGCGGUGAACGGUGUGCAGUGCUCCCUAAACUACUUCAUGGACCUCAUCCACUUCAUCCUUGUCAUGCUGGCCCCACGGCCGCAGCAGUUUGGCUUGCUGGUCUUCAUCUCCAUGCUGUUUGUAACCACAGGGCAUGCACUGUAUUUUUUUUAUGCAAGAAAGUGUAAGAUUAAAAAUGCCCAUGCAAAGAAGACAACGAGGAAGGGCACUGGACACCUUUAA